AUAUUCCGGUCGGGCGCUUCCGGUCAGAGUUGCUUGGACGUCGGCUGGUGUGUCUUCGACAUGGCUGAGUAUCUGGCUUCCAUUUUUGGAACAGAAAAAGACAAAGUAAACUGUUCAUUUUACUUCAAAAUUGGAGCAUGUCGACAUGGUGAGAGAUGUUCUCGACUUCAUAAUAAACCAACUUUUAGUCAGACGGUGUUGCUGCAGAAUCUUUAUCUGAAUCCACAGAAUGCAGCUCUCACCGCCGAUGGAUCUCACAUUGUUGUCGAUGAGGUCGAAGCCCAACAAGAGUACGAUGAUUUUUUUGAGGAGGUAUUUACGGAACUCGAGGACAAGUACGGUGAGAUUGAAGAGAUGAACGUCUGUGACAACUUGGGCGACCAUCUUGUUGGAAAUGUCUAUGUUAAGUACCGAUAUGAAGAGGAUGCAGAAAAGGCUGUUGCUGAUUUGAACAACCGGUGGUUUAAUGGCCGCCCAAUUCACGCCGAGCUGUCACCAGUAACCGACUUCCGAGAGGCUUGUUGCAGACAGUAUGAGAUGGGGGAGUGUACGCGAGGAGGAUUCUGCAACUUCAUGCACUUGAAGCCCAUAUCACGAGAACUGAGGCGAGAACUGUACGGGCGACGCAGAAAGAAAAGAUCUAAAUCUCGAUCACCUCCAACCCGCCGUGAUGUCGACAACAGACGAAGGUCGCGAAGCAGGGAACGCAGGUCAAGGUCACGUAGCCGGGACCGUCGUAGGUCAAGGUCAAGAGACAGGCAUGGAAGAUACUGACGAAAAUGUUUGUUACAUUUUGAGAGAAAAGUCUAAAAAUGUAUGGAGAGAAAAUUCUAAAAAUGUAUUGAGAGAAAAUUCCCAAAAUGUUUGGAGAGAAACUUCUCAAAAUGUAUAUUCAGAAAAUUCCCAAAAUGUAAUGAAAAGAAACAAACCUUAAAGAACAUUCUCAACAUGUUAUUGUGAACAGACUGUAUGUAGUUUUUUUUAACUUCACCUAUGUACAUUUAUUUUUGUUUUCUAUAUUUUUGUGAAUAAAAAAACCUUAUUUGACUGAUUAUUGAAGUAAGUUUUAAUAAGAUCAGUGCCCGUGCUUAUAAAACUCAAUCUCUAACAACGUCACACAUACAAUUUGUAUGAUGUUGCCAUGACGUUCACGUAUCCAACUCUAUUAAAGUCUCGAAUCUAAACUCUUAACAGUUUUAUAAGCACCAGGCUAGAUGUGUUGAUGAAACUGAGUCUUCGAGUAAGAAAUGGUAUUCAGAUGUAUCUCAGAUAUUGGUUCAAAUUUUUCAGAAUUGGUUAAAUUGGUUAAAAAUAAAUGUGAGGUUCAAAGUUGUGGAAAAUUAGAAUAUAUAUUGGCUUUUCAAGUUGUUCGUAAGAUGAUCACAAUUUGGUAAAUAUUUUCAAAAAGAAAUAUUUGGUUCCAAGUUUUUAAAAAAAAGUUUGCUUCCAAGUUGUCAAAAAGAAUUGUAUGGUUCAUAGUUGUUUAAAAGAAAUGUAUUGUCUAAACAAAAUGUAUGGUUCAAAGUUGUCUAAAAGAAAUGGUUGAUUCAAAUUUGUAUUAAAAAAAGUGUUUGAUUCAAAGUUUUCAAAAAGAAGUGUUUGGUUCAAAGUUAAAAAAUGUUUGGUUAGAAGUUAUCACGGUUCCUAGACUCUUGGUUUAACAUUGCCAAAGAGAAAUAUUGGACUUCAUGUUAUAAGUCUUUUUAAAAAAUCAAAAUUGUCCAAAAAUAUUGGUUCAUAUAUUAUGUAAAGAAUGUUGUAUUAAAAAUUGUACUUUAAAUCGCAUCUUAAAUAAAUGUCAGAACAUUUAGUUCGAUAUUUGAUACAUGUUUUCUUCAUGGUACCGAAUAUAAUGUCAUACUUACAUUUGUCAUUCAUUCAUAUUCUGUAAUCACAAUGUUUAUGAGAAAUAAAUGUGUUUUUAGAA